GGGACCCGGGGCGGCGUGGUGCUUUCGCCCUUCUGCAGCCGUCUGCAUAUUUUUUCUUUCUUUUUCGCAAUUUUGAACAUUUUGCAGGACGAGGGGUUCGAGGCAGGUGAGAGCAUCCUGCACGUCGCCGAGGAGCCCAGGGGCACUUGGCGCGUCCUCCGGGACUCGUCUGCACUGAGAAUCCGAAAGUUUAUUUUUAUUUUCGUAUGCAGCUGUAUUUAUAAAGAUAAAAGUCAUUUUUUCCUUCCCUUGUCUCCACCGCCUUGAAAGCGCGUACUUUUGGCAAAGGACGGAGGAAGAAGCUCAGCAACGUUUUGGGGGGCGGUUGGGUUUUUUUUUUUAAGAAAAAAAAUUUGCAUCGCGAUGGAGAAAAUGUCCCGACCGCUCCCCCUGAAUCCCACCUUUAUCCCGCCUCCCUACGGCGUGCUCAGGUCCUUGCUGGAGAACCCGCUGAAGCUCCCCCUUCAUCAAGAAGACGCAUUUGGUAAAGAUAAAGACAAGGAAAAGAAGCUGGAUGAUGAGAGUAACAGCCCGACGGUCCCCCAGUCGGCUUUUCUGGGACCCACCUUAUGGGACAAAACCCUUCCCUAUGACGGAGAUACUUUCCAGUUGGAAUACAUGGACCUGGAGGAGUUUCUCUCGGAAAAUGGCAUUCCCCCCAGCCCGUCGCAGCAUGACCACAGCCCUCACCCUCCCGGGCUGCAGCCGGCUUCCUCAGCUGCCCCCUCAGUCAUGGACCUCAGCAGUCGGGCCUCUGCACCCCUUCACCCUGGCAUCCCGUCCCCGAACUGUAUGCAGAGCCCCAUCAGACCAGGUCAGCUGUUGCCAGCAAACCGCAAUACACCGAGUCCAAUUGAUCCUGACACCAUCCAGGUCCCGGUGGGUUAUGAGCCAGACCCGGCAGAUCUUGCCCUCUCCAGCAUCCCUGGCCAGGAAAUGUUUGACCCUCGCAAACGCAAGUUCUCUGAGGAAGAACUGAAGCCACAGCCCAUGAUUAAGAAAGCGCGCAAAGUCUUCAUUCCCGAUGAUCUGAAGCAGGAUGACAAGUACUGGGCAAGGCGCAGAAAGAACAAUAUGGCGGCCAAACGCUCCCGCGAUGCCCGGCGGCUGAAGGAGAAUCAGAUUGCCAUCCGGGCGUCGUUCCUUGAGAAGGAGAACUCGGCCCUGCGCCAGGAGGUGGCCGACUUGCGAAAGGAGCUGGGCAAAUGCAAGAACAUACUUGCCAAGUACGAGGCCAGGCACGGGCCCCUGUAGGGUGGCAUUUUUGUGGGCUGGCUUUUGAAUAGAUGGACAGUUUGUUUCCUGUCUGAUAGCACCACACCUGAACCAAUCUUUCUGACAUCAGCACUUUACCAGAGGCAUAAACACAACUGACUCACAUUUUGGUGUGUAUGUGUGUACGUAGAUGUGCUUGUGCUCAUGUGUGUGGUCAGCGGUAUAUGCGCGUGCGUGCGUGAGCGUGCACUUGCCAUUUUUAGAUAGCCCUCUCAUCAUCUUUUAGUUCCAAAAAAGAAAGGUGCCAUGUUUUUACUGGACUAUGGAGACCUCUCGUGGGUUUCCUGCCCCUCCCUUCUCCCCUCCUGCCCUCUCUGCACUGUUUCUUGUUCGCUCUGACAUCCUCUUCCGGGACCCUCUGCUUGGAUUCGCUAAGAAGGGCCCUGGUAAAAUAGUAGAUCUCAGUUUUCAAGACUACAAGCUCUUGUUUCUGUUUAAUCUGUAAGUUACCAUGCUAAUAAGGUGCACAAAACAACUUCGCACUACACUGCAGCUCUCUUCAGUUAUAGGUCGCUUUCCUCAUAUUUUCAGUUUUGGUGAUAAUUGUCUUCAGAUUUAAAGUGCUGUUUAGAAUUAUUAGAUCCCAUAUUUACUUACUGCUAUCUACUAAGUUUCCUUUUAAUUCUACCGACCCCGGGUAAGUAAAAGUACUCUUAUAGAUCACAGAGUGUGUUUUUGCACUGUCUGUACCUAAAGCAAUAAUCCUAUUGUACGCUAGAGCAUGCUGCCUGAGUAUUACUAGUGGACGUAGGAUAUUUUCCCUACCUAAGAAUUUCACUGUCUUUUAAAAAACAAAAAUUACAGUAAUGCAUUUGAGCAUGCCCAGAACAUCCCCAGGACAGGGAAGCAGAGGGAAAUGCCAGGUCGAAGAACGAGGGGUUAAUUUAUCAGUAUAUGAGCCAAAAAAAUGCAUCGUGGAACAGCUUUUGUCAUUGGUAUGUUUGGUUUUGUUCUCUCCCCUCUCCCACACCCCCAGCCCCUACUUUUCUAGUUAACUUUUUCCAUAUUCCUCUUGAUAUUCAAAACUAUUCAAUUACUUAAGAUUCAGUUUUCCCCAUUUUUUGUAAUAUAUAUAUUUUUGUGAACUACACCUUGCUGUUUUUAAAAAUCAGUUAAUUAAGUUAAGAAGUUGAUGUUUUGUAAGACCCUUUUUCCUAGCAGUGUCAUUUUUGAAUGCUUCAUAAAUUAAUGAUUCUGGAGCUUAUGUUUCUUAUUCUCUGUUUGCUUUCGAACGUAUUUGCUCUUAUAAAGUGGACUUCUGAAAAAUGAAUGUAAAAGACACUGGUGUAUCUCAGAAGGGGAUGGUGUUGUCACAAACUGUGGUUAAUCCAAUCAAUGUAAAUGUUUACUAUAGACCAAAAGGAGAGAUUAUGAAAUUGUUUAAUGUUUAUACAGAGUAAUUAUAGGAAGUUCUUUUUUUGUACAGUAUUUUUCAGAUAUAAAGACUGACAAUGUAUUUUGGAAGACAUAUAUUAUAUAUAGCAAAGAGAAAAGGAAAACUAUUCCAUGUUUUAAAAUUAUAUAGCAAAGAUAUAUAUUCAUCAAUGUUGUACAGAGAAGAAGUGCUUGGAGGUUUUUGAAAUCUUUAAUAUUUUAAGCCUAUCACUGACACAUCAGCAUGUCGUCUGCUUUAAAUUAAAAUUUUAUGGCAGUAUCAAGGCUUGCUGUGACGAAUCCUACUCUAAAAUAUAUAAGGAGCUUUCUUGUUCCCUAUUAGGUCUCAGAAAGAAGUCAGUCACCUAAAAGCACAAAAUGGAUGUUAGUCAAAUAUUUAUUGGAUGAUACAGUGUUUUUUAGGAAAAGCAUCUGCCACAAAAAUGUUCACUUCACGAUUAUGAGUUCCUGGAAUGGAAUAUCAGUGCAAGCACCCCAAACCAUUCUGUUCUCCCUUACGGGCAUGUGCGUCUUAUGCAGUAUAAGGUUGAUAUCGGUGCUAUGUGUAUGCUUUAUAAUUUGACAGAUGUUUUGACUUUAAAGAUGAUUGUUCAUUUGUUUCGCUAAAUUGUGUAAUGUCAAGAGAUUCUGCUGUUAUUGCAAAGAGACAUUUUGUGUUAGAUUAAAAUACCCUUUCAUUGAUGGGAUUUUCUAGUUUCCUGCCUCCAGAGUAUCUGAUUCUUUAAUGACCUUGGGGUCUCCUUGUCAAUCCAUCACAAUGCCUCUCUCACAGUGUCAUAGUCUUGGGAAACCUGAUCAAUAGGAUUUUCCUACUAGUAUCCAUUUGUCCUAAGCCACAGAUUAUGGUGGGAGAUGGGAGAGUACUGGGAUGAAGUACAUUGUGCAGGUAAAUAACUAAUAAAAUAAAAUAAACAAAACUGUUGGCAAUCUUAAGCAGAACUGAAUAAGUGAUAUUCAGAAAGAGACACAAGUGAACACAGAGUUGGCCUUUUUAUAGGUAAAGAGGUUAAUUGCAGGAGAAUUAUUAAAUGGCAGUAGUGACUGAAACAGAGACAAAUGAUAUGUUUAAGUGGAGAAGUAUUGAAGGAUUAUGCUCUGGACCAUCCACAUUCAUUGAAGUAGAAAAUGGUAGCUAAAAAAACUGUAUUUGAGCACUGGUCUUUCUUGGAAUUAGUUUUUUUUUGUAUCAGUGAGCAUCACAAAUGUUUUCUGCAGAAGAAAUAAAAAGAUCAUAAUAAGACUUAUUCUUUUGAGUGCCAGGGGAGGUUUCAGAAACUUGCCUCAUCUUAAAAAUUUGAAAACUUUGGAGUCUGUAUAGGUGCCUUAUAUGUAGGUCAUUGUCACCACACACACAUGAGCACUCACUCCUGGACUCGCUGCCUUCUACGCGGGGCAGUUAACCACUAAAUAAGGCAGUUCUGCUAAAUGGCUUGGGAAGGCAGUGCCCCAUUUGAAAUGACUUGGAUUCACCAGGUCAAAUGAGUUCUGCAGACUGCAGUUAUUAUAAGAGUCCUGUUGUCAUUUUUCACCUUUUCAUCAUAAGCAUCUUUCAGAGAUUAAUUACUUGGCCGUUAAAAAUGAAUCCAAAUCAUAUGUGCCAACAUCAUUUAGACACGAUUUGGAAUGAGCAGCCUAGGACUUCCUGACAAGGUCACAUCAUCAUUUCUUUUAACUAGGCUUGCAAAGAAAGGCAAAAAUUGAUCAGCCUGUCCUUCUGCCCCUGCCACCUUAAGGAGGUAGGUAGGAAGUGGGAGGGCGGUAAGUGAUCACUUCUUCCUCUUGAGAAAGUGCUACCUUUUGAUGGUUCAAACCCCACACCGUGCAAGAUAAUGAUUGGCCUUUCAUCUUCAAAUAUGACAGGCUUCCAUGAGACCAUCUCUUGACGCAGAAGGAUCCCUUGUUCAAGGAGACUGCCGUCAGGAUUCUGGCAUUGGGUGGGUAGGAAGCUGUAACUAGAGAACCCGGUUUUGUGAGGUAAUGCAAAAUAAUUCUGAAUGUACAUUUAAAAGGUCUUGGAUCUGUUUUCUGACGAGUCAAGAAGAAUUUUAAGUGGAGCCCUCACCCCUAAUCCCCCUCCCCAGAGUAAAACAACAGACCUUCUGUAAAAUGCAAAGUUAUACUUUGCUUUUAAUUUUCUCCCAGUGUUCCUUUGAGAAAGCCUCAGACUGUAUCUGAGUUCAUCAGAGCGAUCCCAAGGCAGGCUGGCUUGGCCUGCUUGCCUGUAGGGAGGGCGUGUGGAGGCCUGGAUUUAAUCUGAGGUCACUAAGCUGCAGGGGAGUGGAGACUAGGUGUUCUGCCCCCCAUAUGGUGGACACCUUCUGCUCCUAGUCUGCCAGCUUCUUGCUAAGGGCUCCCAGGCCCCCACUUGGGAGGCCAAGGUCUCCUCCAGGUUUUCUCUACAAUUAGUAAUAUUUUAAAAAUGAGCAAAGCCUUAUCCUAGACCUUGAUGUAUUGGAUUUGGCAACUGAAGUCAGUACAUUUUACAGAGGGCCAAGUGUAUGUAGGGGGUUGUGUGUGUGAAUAUUUAAGUCAAGACAUGCAAUCUUUAAUUUGGGAGAACCUUACCAAACAUAACAAUAAUCGACCAUUAUCCUUGUGGCAACACCACAAAGACUGCAUCUGUUAAACGGGUACAGGUUCACACGAGGCCAGUUUAAUUGUACACCGUGAUAUUGGUGGUGCUUAUGCUGUUAAGUCCAAACCUUUGUCUGUUAUUCUUAAUGUUUAAUAAACUUUGAAUUUUCUCC